AUAGCAGAGAAGGGAUAGGGAGCGGUUGCCGAGCAGGGGCUCUACCACGGGCGGGCAGCUGUGGCAGCGAGCCGUCUGGGAUCUCACACUGGGGGCUGCAGCUUUUCCCCGCCUGGAGCCAGCGUGCGGGGGCGGGAGAAGAGCCGGGGGGAGCGGGCUGGGCCCGGGGCUGCGGCUGCGGCCGCGGGGCUGCAGCUCCCCAGCCCCGCCAGCCGGAGCGCUCCGAGGUAGAGGAAAGGUCUUGACAGGGUGGCUGGACCAGUGGCAGAAUCCAGUUCCAGAUUCUGGACUUGAGGGUUCUGGGCUGUGGUCUGUAGAAGCAAAGGAGAGAAGGACUCAAAUCCAGGCCAACUGUAUGGCUGUCUGAGGUGUUGGAACAGAAGGAGGUCCAUUCCUGUUGGUGACAGCACUGUGGCCCUGUUCUGGGAUGAGCGAGGUGUAAAGGUUUCCCCCAAGAAAGAGCAGCUGAGUCCUUGCAUCUUGUGGCCACUGGUGUGCCCAGCACUGAAUCCGUCAGAGCUGAAGCCAGCCCGGCCCCUUCUCAUGGGCAGCAUCCACCUGUGCUGAGGUCCUACAGCGGUGGCAGUGUGAGGAGCUGUGAAAUCGCUUGUAACUGAAAAUGUCUGACGGUCUGGAUAAUGAAGAGAAACCCCCAGCUCCCCCACUAAGGAUGAAUAGUAACAACCGGGAUUCUUCAGCACUCAACCACAGCUCCAAACCACUUCCCAUGGCCCCUGAAGAGAAGAAUAAGAAAGCCAGGCUUCGCUCUAUCUUCCCAGGAGGAGGGGAUAAAACCAAUAAGAAGAAAGAGAAAGAGCGUCCAGAGAUCUCUCUUCCUUCAGACUUUGAGCAUACGAUUCAUGUGGGGUUUGAUGCAGUCACCGGGGAAUUCACUGGAAUUCCUGAGCAGUGGGCACGAUUACUCCAAACCUCCAACAUAACAAAACUGGAACAGAAGAAGAACCCACAAGCUGUCCUAGAUGUUCUCAAAUUCUAUGAUUCCAAAGAAACAGUCAACAACCAGAAAUACAUGAGCUUUACAUCAGGAGAUAAAAGUGCACAUGGAUACAUAGCAGCCCAUCCUUCGAGUACAAAAACAGCAUCUGAGCCUCCUUUGGCUCCUCCUGUGUCUGAAGAAGAAGAUGAAGAAGAGGAAGAAGAAGAAGAUGACAAUGAGCCCCCACCAGUUAUUGCACCAAGACCAGAGCAUACAAAAUCAAUCUACACUCGUUCCGUGGUUGAAUCCAUUGCUUCACCAGCAGCACCAAAUAAAGAGGUCACACCACCUUCCGCUGAGAAUGCCAAUUCCAGUACUUUGUACAGGAACACAGAUCGGCAAAGGAAAAAAUCCAAGAUGACAGAUGAGGAGAUCUUAGAGAAGCUAAGAAGCAUCGUGAGUGUUGGGGAUCCAAAGAAAAAAUACACAAGAUUUGAAAAAAUUGGUCAAGGGGCAUCAGGUACUGUUUAUACAGCGCUAGACAUUGCAACAGGACAAGAGGUGGCCAUAAAGCAGAUGAACCUUCAACAGCAACCCAAAAAAGAAUUAAUUAUUAAUGAAAUCCUAGUCAUGAGGGAAAAUAAGAACCCCAAUAUUGUUAAUUAUUUAGAUAGCUACUUAGUGGGCGAUGAACUAUGGGUAGUCAUGGAAUACUUGGCUGGUGGCUCGUUGACUGAUGUGGUCACGGAGACCUGUAUGGAUGAAGGACAGAUAGCAGCUGUCUGCAGAGAGUGCCUCCAAGCUUUGGAUUUCUUGCACUCAAACCAAGUGAUCCAUAGAGACAUAAAGAGUGACAAUAUUCUCCUCGGGAUGGAUGGCUCUGUUAAAUUGACUGAUUUUGGGUUCUGUGCCCAGAUCACACCUGAGCAAAGUAAACGAAGCACUAUGGUGGGAACCCCUUAUUGGAUGGCACCAGAGGUGGUCACUCGAAAAGCUUAUGGUCCGAAAGUUGAUAUCUGGUCUCUGGGAAUUAUGGCUAUUGAAAUGGUGGAAGGUGAACCCCCUUACCUUAACGAAAAUCCACUCAGGGCAUUAUAUCUGAUAGCCACUAAUGGAACCCCAGAGCUCCAGAAUCCUGAGAGACUGUCGGCUGUAUUCCGUGACUUUUUAAAUCGCUGUCUUGAGAUGGAUGUGGAUAGGCGAGGAUCUGCCAAGGAGCUUUUGCAGCAUCCAUUUUUAAAAUUAGCCAAGCCUCUCUCCAGCCUGACUCCUCUGAUUAUCGCUGCGAAGGAAGCGAUUAAGAACAGCAGCCGCUAGGACUGCAAGCCUUACCCCUCACCAUCUCCCUCAUGAGUAAGACUGAAAUAAAACUGUGCUGCAAGAAAGAUGAAAGAAAAGACAGUCAAAAGGGGUGGGGGUUCUUUAACUUUCAAAUGAAUAGAAACUUCUUAUAAGCCUUUUUCCUACACCCUCAGAUUAUGUAAUUUAUUUGUAAGCCUGAAAAGCAGCCCGAACAGGGCAGCAAUGUUGAAGUGGCCAUAAAGUGGUCACUUCCCACCGUGAAGCGAAAGAGCCAGUAGUGAAUCCCCUCAUUUUGUGCAUUCACUUUGAAGAAAAAAAGUUUCUCAAAGAUGCACACUCCCUCUUCAUAGUGUUGUGUUUGUUUUUAAGUUAGAGAGUAGUCCCUCUUGCAUUCGAGCCUCUUUCAAAACUCCUUACCCAAUGUGAUGUUUUUCACUUGCAUUGUCAUUAGAUGUCCAGAAAAAAAGAUGUCAAAAUGUUUUUUUUUAAAAAAGAAAGCAAAAAAGCAAAGC